GGGUUGAUACAUACUACUUAUUAAUAUGUGAUGGAAAAGAACUGUUAAUUUUAGGCUAAGCAAAAUAUUAGCUGUGCAAAUGCAAAGCCCUAAAAAUAAAAGAAGGAAAGAAGGUUGAUUAAAGCUUUUAUCUAGCAAAAAUAAGUACAAUUGAAAAUACACAAAUGCACGUAAAUCCUUAAAAAUUUUAUCUGAAUAUUUUGCUAAAAUGAUAAGUGAGCGAAUAAUGCUGCAAAAUUUCAACACAUUGGCCAAAAAUAGCGCAGCAAACAGCUCAGUAGUAGCAGCGACAUUCUCUGGUGCUGCCACAUAUCCAACAGCAUCGUCGUAUAAGAAUGCAGACAAGUUGAAAAAUGUAACCAGUUCAAUAUUUGGCAAUAUGUCAGCGGAGUCACUGAAUCUGAACAGUAAAAUCGAACAUAACGACUCUGACAGCCUAAGUAACUUAAGUACUAGCAACAUCAAUCAUACAAAUCACAGCAGCAUUCAACAUCAAACACAAAUUGGGAACAAUCACGUGAAAAGAGAGAGACAAAGUCCCAGUACCAAUGGAGAAUUACAAGCAACAAUAUCAAGGUCUCGCAGCGCCACACCCUUAUCGCUACGAAGUACGCCACCGCAAGCACCACAUAACGCAACUCAAGAAGCCCAUUUACCAAUGCAUGGCCUGCCGGGAUCCUUACUGAAUAGCAUGCAUCAAGCGCAACUACCAACAGAAUCACGUAACGCCGCAUUGGGAUCUAGUGCUGCAGUCAGCGGCAUAGCUGCAGAUUUUCCAACGCGCAACUACUCAGAUUUUAUGCGUAGCUUAGCUGCAAAAUACAAUAAUUCCAAUCCGAAUGAUGGUAAUGCAACGCGUCGAAAUGCAUAUGCCAACAUUUCAUCCACGCCAGUACCAAGUAAUAGUAAAGUUCCAGUUACUAGUAAACCCACUCCCAAUACUGCAACAAGUUCCUUAAAAAAAGAAUCAACGAAUGUUACUCAAGCUACGACAAGACCAUCAUCAAUGUCGCCCACAGAUGCUACUUCCUCCAGCCUUAAGUCACAGAGUGCCCAGUGUCAGUUGAGUGCCGCUUGUGCUGCAGCUGCAGCUGUUAGUGUUUCACCAUUUAUGACAUCAUUACUGUCUAGUCUAUAUUCGCCCAGUGUUAUGCAACCAAUUUUUGAUAUGAGCAGCACACAAGCCUUAAUCACACUGGCACAUGCGGCUAAGGAAUCAGAGAUACGCAGUGCACAAAAAGCAAAUGAGAACAGUGAACGUACCCAAAACAAUGUUUCCUUAUCGCCCAGUCCCAGUUUGAAUAUUGUACUGCAACAGGCAGCACAAUUCGCUUCACCUGCUCUGAUAUAUUCAGGUCAACUUCAAGAGGCACAUUCCCAAGCAGUACGCCAAUCUAGUCCAUUACACACACGUGCUAAUGCACGCGUAAUCGCCACAAAUGCUAACUCCAUCGGCGGUAAUAUUGGCAACAGCAACAACAACAGCGACAAUACCAAUAGCAAUAAUGCAUCUGCCAAUGAUAAGUCAGUUGGAACAACAGCACCACUGGACUUAAGCGCACAACCACCCGCAGCUAAAAGAUUUAAGGCUGAAUCCACUUCAAGUCGCAGCAGCACUGAAGGCAUUAGUACAAGACGCAUUUCAUCCGCAUCCACAUCACCAUCACCACCAUUAUCGGAUAAGGGUUCCGUACCAGGAUCUAGUACAACGUAUAACGAUGAGACAACAACGACUGCCACCACCACAAUUUUAUCCACAACAAAAGCCAAAGGGUCAGUAACCUGCCAAGCACAAAGCGCAGAAGUCAAUUCAUGGACAGUGGAUGAUGUUUGCGCAUUCGUGGGCAGCAUUGACAUAUGCGCCUGUUAUGUGCAGAGUUUUCGUGAUCAAUGCAUCGAUGGUACCGGUUUACCACUGUUGACUGAAGAUCAUUUAAUGAACUCUCUUGGUAUGAAAUUAGGACCAGCCUUGAAGCUGCGCUCAAUGCUGGCGAAAAAAUUGGGCGGACCAUGCCCAUGUGUCGCUUGUGUUGCGCAGGCGCAACACAUUUUGGCAUUACAAAGCAGUACAAGUGCGGCUGGCACGCCAGGCGCAAAUAUUGGCAGUAGCAAUGGUGGCGGCAAUAACACUGGCAGUAGCAACAACAUUGCCAUAAUUGGUGGCUGCCAUAUUGCAACAACCAGUACAUUAACAGCGAGCAAUAUAAAUACACCAACAACAACAACAACAACAAACGCUGUAUCAACCAAUUUUAUUGGUGCUGCCAAACAGCUUGACAACGGAGCAAAUCAUUUUCUAACCAACAGUAAAAAAAUUGCUGAUGACAGUAGUGACAACAAUAGUAACACUAACGGUGACUUCAUCAGCAAUGUCAGCAGCAACAGCAACAGCAACAGCAACAACAACAAUAACAAUAACAACAUUAAUAAUACCAAUAACAACAACAUUAAACUGAAGCGCCCAGGUAGCGCAGACUCAGGUGGGACCUUAUAUGAAAAUAAUUAGUUAUAAUAGUAAUAUAAUUUGCAUGCUUAUAUAUGGGCAUAUGCAAUGCUAUCUUAUAAAUAAAUUUUAUUUCAAAAUUUUUAUG